AACUGAUAAGUGCGUUUGAUACAUCAUCGUGCCUCUCCACUAACGCAAACGGCUACCGCAGCUUUCCCAGCUUUUACAGUGCUAAGUUAAUCCCGCCCGUUCACGGUCUGGAUCUAGUUUGAUCUCAACCGUUGCUGCUCAACGAACUCUGUCAUCUUCCUUAUAUGAAUACCAGCACUGUAGCAUUGAGUGUUAAGGAAGAAUAAAAGUUUUACACUACAAUGAUCUCAUCUGUCUUGAUUUUCUAUUGCCUUUUUACUAAUCCAUUUUGCAGGAUGAAGUUCGUUGCCUAGUCUUGAACUUCUUCAUGGUAUCAGAGCAACCUGGUAUCAAUGGACUCUCCAGCAUCAUCUGUCACUCCGCCCUCCUCACAAUCGGCUCCGAAGACCGAAAUUUCCAUCCCUCCCCAACUCAAGUUUCUCAUGACCAAUGUCAAAACCGUGCUCAGUACACAGCUUAAUGCUGACAACUAUCCUAUUUGGAAAGCUCAAAUCCUAACUCUCUUCUCUGCUAAUGGAUUUGAAGGCUACCUGGAUGGGUCUUCCGCCAUGCCAAUGCGUCAAGUUCUCGCAUCAGACGGAACGAUAAGCACUAAUCCUCUCUAUCAGUCAUGGAAACUCAUAGAUCAGAAUUUAGCAUCAGCUUUGUAUGCUACCAUUUCUCCGUCGCUUCUUCCCUAUGUUCUCAACCUUGAGUCCUGUCAUGCCAUCUGGACUACCAUUCAGCGGCGACUUCAAUCCACCAAUCCUUCCAAACAACUUCAACUGAAGAGUGGGUUACAUAAUGUACAAAAGGGAGACAAAACUAUGGUUCAAUAUCUCUCUGACAUUAAAUAGAAAGUCGAUGCGAUUACUGCAGCUGGCUCUACCAUCGACUCUGCAGACAUUAUUCUGUAUACUCUAAAAGGAUUACCACCAGCAUACAAUGCAUUUAAAACCACCAUUAGAUCUCAACUCCAACCAAUCGGUGUAGAUGAUUUCUACUCUUUAUUGUGCACUGAAGAGCUCAAUAUGCAAUCUAACUUAGCUAUUGAAAUGCCUACUCAAACCACUACUGAUACCAACUUUGCUCUACAAGCUGUUCGUGGUCGUUCUAGAGGCAGGGGACGCUUCUCUUAUAACCAGAAUCGUGGUGGUCGAUCUCCGUCUCCAGCCACCCGUGGGGGACGUCGUCCUCGUUCCUCUGUUCAAUGUCAAAUUUGUAACAGGGUCGGCCAUUCAGCCUUUCAGUGUUGGUAUCGCACUGACCUCAAUUACCAACCAGUUCAACAAGCCUUUCUGUCUGCAGAUGCCCCCAGCUCCGAUGACUGGUUCCUCGACACUGGAGCUACAUCGCAUCUAACAUCCAAUCUACAGCAUCUACAAACCCCUCAAACCUAUACUGGCUCAUCGCAAAUUCAGGUUGGAAAUGGUCAGCUGCUGCCUAUUGCUAAUUCCGGACAAGGUCUUCUUCCCACUCCGUCUCGAUGCCCGGACCAAUCAGAUUCUUCUCCAAGGUCCAUGUCGUCAAGGUCUCUACCCCAUUGAGCUUCGACCUGCUGCUUCAUACUCUUCUACAACUCAUUCGACAGCUCUUCACACCAAAAUGAUCGAUCCAGUUUUGCUUCAUCAACGACUUGGGCAUCCGUCUCCAUCUACUCUUCAACUGCUUUCGGCUUAUUUUCCCACUAAGAGACUUGUAUCUAGUUUUCACUGCUCUGCCUGUUUGCGAGCAAAGUCUCAUCGUCUACCUUUUUCUUUAUCUGCUUCCAAAACCAAGAAUGUAUUAGAACUAAUCCACUGUGAUGUAUGGGGUCCUUCCCCAAUAGUAUCAAACAAUGGUUAUAAAUACUAUCUUCUUUUUGUUGA